GGUGAGAGACACAGGGCACACUGUAGGCAAACCGUCAACCGAAUCCGCUGGAAUGGAUCUAUUUUCCGUCUGCGAGUGGACCGUCGCUCCGGUGCGUCUCGACGUGCUGAUGGUGGACCUCGGGCCGCGGAACGCCACGGCGGACACAGUAGCGGAGGUUGUCUGGGUGGCCAGCAGAGAACUGCUUCUGCUGCUGCUGCUGCUUCUCGUGGCGUGGACCCACAGAGAGAGGGCCACCGUGCCAGGCCCCUACUACUGUCUGGGCGUGGGGCCGCUGCUGUCCUACCUGCGCUUCAUCUGGACGGGCAUCGGGACAGCCAGUAACUACUACAACAACAAGUACGGCAGCAUGGCCCGCGUAUGGAUCAACGGGGAGGAGACGCUCAUCCUCAGCAGCUCCUCUACAGUGCGUCACGUGCUGAGGAGCGCCCAGUACACCUCGCGCUUCGGGAGCAAGCAGGGCCUGGGCUGCCUGGGGAUGGACGGGUGCGGCAUCAUCUUCAACAACGACGUGGCCCUGUGGAAGAAGACACGCAGCUACUUCGCCAGAGCUCUGACCGGUCCGGGGGUGCUGCAGACGGUGGACGUGUGCACCGCCUCCACCCAGUCCCACCUGGACAGCUUGAGGGCGGACCACCCCAGCAGCGGACCCGGGGAAGACCUGCGCCAGGUGGACGUGCUGAGUGUGCUGCGCGGCAUCGUGGUGGACGUCUCCAACACCCUCUUCCUGGGAGUGCCAGUCGAUGAGAAAGAUCUGCUCGCAAAGAUCCUGAAGUACUUUGACACAUGGCAGACUGUACUCAUUAAACCAGACCUUUACUUCAAGCUGGACUGGAUUCACCGGAGGCAGAAGGACGCAGCUCAGGAGCUGCAGAACGCCAUAGAGGUUCUGAUCGAUCUGAAGAGGAGAGAACUGCAGGAGGCCGAUAAACUGGACCGCAUCAACUUCACGGCGGACCUCAUAUUUGCACAGGGUCAUGGGGAGUUGUCAGCCGACCACGUCAGGCAGUGUGUGCUGGAGAUGGUGAUCGCCGCCCCAGACACCCUGUCCGUCAGUCUGCUCUUCAUGCUGCUGCUGCUCAAACAGCACCCAGAGGUGGAGCUGAGGAUCCUCACAGAGAUAGACUCUGUCAUAGGCGAAGGGAAGCUCCGGAACGAAGAUCUGCCCCAGCUCUGUGUCAUGGAGAACUUCAUCAACGAAUCCUUACGCUUCCACCCCGUGGUGGACUUCACCAUGCGCAGGGCCUUGUCCGACGAUGUCAUCGACGGAUACAGGGUUCCCAAGGGCACCAACGUCAUCCUGAACGUGGGACGCAUGCACCGCACCGAGUUCUACCCCAAACCCAACGAAUUCAGCCUGGACAACUUUGAGAAAAGCGUCCCAAGCCGCUACUUCCAGCCGUUUGGCUCGGGACCGCGCUCCUGCGUGGGCAAGCACAUCGCCAUGGUGAUGAUGAAGUCCAUCCUGGUGACGCUGCUGUCCUGCUACUCGCUGUCCCCCCACGAGGGUCUGACGCUGGCCAACAUGCCCCAGACCAACAACCUGUCCCAGCAGCCCGUGGAGAGCGAGCAGAACCCCCACUACCUCGCCAUGACCCUCACACCCAGGAGGAGAACCGCAACAGGAAGCUACAGCCGAGCCGGACUCUGAGAACCACCCCCCCCCCCCCUCCCCCUGUGUGUGUGUGUGUGUGUGUGUGUGUGUGUGUGUGUGUGUGUGUGUGUGUGUGUGUGUGUGUGUGUGUGUGUGUGUGUGUGUGUGUGUGUGUGUGUGUGUGUGUGUGUGUGUGUUUAUUUGUCUGUGUGCACAUAAAUGUAUAGGGUAAUAUAGGCAGCCUCUGUAAAUCCCAUUGCCUUACAAAGCUAAGUUACAUACUAUUCAGAUAUCCAUGAUUGUUUUUAUUUCAAGUUUCAAGUUUUAUAUAAAAUUGUAUUUUAAAGUAUUUUAAAAUAUUUAUUAUGUUCUGUAAUCUUUUUUAAUCUUCAAAUUUUAUUUAUUUUUCCCUUUUUACUGUUGAUAUUUAC